GGCCAAGAUUCCAACCCAAUAUGGCUGUCAAACACUGCAUCGGAGCUGACUGUUAAGCGAGAGAAGCUCGCCUGGCUGCUCGACGGAACCGAAUCUGAGUGAACGCGAACGAUAGGUUCAAGGUGCUCUCAACGGUGUCGAGUACCUGACGUUGUAUUACUCGAAAGAAGGGUUACAGUACGAAAGAUAUCAGACACCAACGAACAGGGAGGCUUGGCCGUAGGUCGCCAACGGAGGCAGAGCGGGAAAACUACAGGAGGCUGCGGCGUAGCUUUUUGCCCCACAUCAACCCCUGACUGGCGCCGCUGGCACGGUCAACCCGCCAAAGAUCCAGACCGCACGUUCCCCAUGGAACCCCUAAAAAAUACUUAGUACGUAUUAGAAACACUAAAUUCGCUGCGCCCACGUCUCCGUCUGACACAGGCUAGUCAGUCCCUUGAGUGGUUCCCACGCUGGCUAUUUCCAGGUACGGGGAAAGCACAGCGCACUCCUCCAGCGAGGCCAGCUUCACCAAUCGAAGUCGGGAACCCGCAGAGGAAACAAACGAAGACGGACGAACUAAGACGCUGCAGAAGACCGCAAGCUAGCGCUGGCCUGCGAGGAAAACAGACCCCGACGCCCCAACCUGUCCACCGCCACCCCGAAUCCAAACCUCCAAAGGCGGCGAGGACAGAUAGACGCACGACCUGCGACAUCUGGCCAAGAUGGCCUCCAAAGGCAUGUGGGAGGUCGACCCUGAGACUCGGUCCAAGCUCCUCGCCAUCCAAAAAGAGUCCAACAACAGCAUCUGCUGCGACUGCGGGGCGCCGUCCCCCCAGUGGGCGUCGCCCAAGUUCGGCGUCUUCAUCUGCCUCUCGUGCGCGGGCGUGCACCGGGGCCUGGGCGUGCAUAUCUCGUUCGUGCGGUCCAUCUCGAUGGACGCCUUCAAGGCGGCCGAGAUUGAGCGCAUGCGGCUCGGCGGCAACGCGCGCUGGCGCGACUUCUUCGAGAAGCACCCGGACACGGAGCUCAGGGGCAUCUCGUGGGACGACGCCACCAUCGCGGAGCGCUACAGCGGCGAGGCCGGCGAGGAGUACAAGGAGCGCCUGAGCGCGUCGGUCGAGGGGAGGGAGUACGUGCCCGGUGAGAAGAAGACGGCCGCCGCCGGCAAGGGCGGCAGCGCCGCGGCGGCGGCGUCGAGCGCGCCGCUGAGCGGGACCGCGGACAGGGGCGGCGGCUACAGGGACGACGUCAGCAGGUCCGCAAGUCCUAGCGGUGCCGGUGGCGGCGGCGGCGGCGGCGGGGUCGGGAACAAGACGCGGGUGGACGACAAAUACUUUGCCAAGCUCGGGGCGGACAACGCCUCGCGCUCCGAAGCCCUGCCGCCGAGCCAGGGCGGCAAGUACGCGGGGUUCGGCAACACGCCCAUGCCCCAGAGCAGUAACGGCGGCGGCUCCUCCCUUCCGUCCAUGAACGAGGUGCAGAGCAACCCGGUCGCCGCCCUGACCAAGGGCUUCGGCUGGUUCGCGUCCACGGUGACCAAGACGGCCACCACGGUCAACAGCACCUACAUCCAGCCCACGGCGAAGCAGAUCGCCGAGUCGGAUUUCGCAGCACAGGCACGCGCGACGGCGGGCACCGUCGGCAAGGUGGCACAGGUCGGUGCCAGGAGCGCCCAGGACAGGUUCAACCAGUUCGUCGAGGGCGGACCGGAUAGGAGCCAGUACCGCCAAGUGCCCAUCGACGACAGCCGCAAGGACUUUUGGGACGACUUUUCCGACAUUCCAGAGCAGCAGCAGCAGCAGCAGCAGCCCAAGAAGAGCAGUGCCAUCGGAACUGCCGCCAUGAGCAAGGGCGGUAGCGCCAGCACCGGGCCCGCGACCGGUGCCACAUCAAAGCCGGCCGCCAAGAAGGAUGAGUGGGAUGAUUGGUGAGCGAGGGGGCGGCUUGUUACAAGCGAGGCGGUCCGUUGGGCGGUUUGUCUGGUGAUUUUGUGCAUACUCGGUUUUCCUUUCUCUGCUCUACGUUUUUACGACGGCGCCGGUUGCUUCUCCGCCUCUUGGCAUACAUCAACUUGAAUAUCACGAGCGACAGGACAUGAAAAGGAUACUUGGUUGCGGCGGUGUUGGCUUGUGCUGUGUAUAGAGUAUAUACAUUGUACUUUUUCCAUUUUAGCGGAACUAUCGACUUUUUGAAUGUUUGACUUUUAUUUUGUUGGCUGUGAGGUUGUUUUGAAGUCUACGUUGUUACCAAAUGCUUU